AUGAAAGGCCUCGGUGACAGCCGCCCCCGCCACCUCUCUGACAGCCUGGACCCACCACAUGAGCCACUGUUCGCAGGGCCUGACCGCAACCCCUACCUGCUAUCGCCUACGGAGGCCUUCGCCCGCGAGGCCCGCUUCCCUGGGCAGAAUGCUCUGGCCGGGGAUGGUCUCUUCCCGCUCAACAACCAGCUGCCGCCACCCAGCAGCACCUUUCCCCGCAUCCACUACAACUCCCACUUCGAGGUGCCAGAGGAGAGCCCCUUCCCCAGCCAUGCCCAGGCUACCAAGAUCAACCGGCUGCCUGCCAACCUCCUGGACCAGUUUGAGAAGCAGCUGCCCAUCCACCGCGAUGGCUUCAGCACCCUCCAGUUCCCCCGCGGGGAGGCCAAGGCCCGUGGCGAGAGCCCCGGACGCAUCCGCCACCUGGUGCACUCAGUCCAGCGGCUCUUCUUCACCAAGGCACCCUCACUGGAGGGCGCAGCAGGCAAGGUCGGUGGCAAUGGCAGCAAGAAAGGUGGCAUGGAGGACAGCAAGGGCCGCAGGGCCAAAAGCAAGGAGCGGGCCAAGGCCGGGGAGCCCAAACGGCGCAGCCGCUCCAACAUCUCGGGCUGGUGGAGCUCCGAUGACAACUUGGAUGGUGAGGGUGGUGCCUUCCGCAGCAGUGGCCCAGCCUCCGGUUUGAUGACACUCGGCCGCCAGGCGGAACGCACCCAGCCACGCUACUUCAUGCAUGCCUACAACACCAUCAGCGGGCACAUGCUGAAAGCUGCCAAGAACAACACCACCGAGCUGACCGCCCCGCCACCCCCGCCUGUGCCCCCAGCUGCUUGCCCCAGCCUUGGAGUGGGCACUGACACCAACUAUGUCAAACGGGGCUCCUGGUCCACUCUGACCCUCAGCCACGCCCACGAGGUCUGUCAGAAGACCUCAGCCACCUUGGAUAAGAGCCUGCUAAAGUCCAAAUCCUGCCACCAGGGUCUAGCCUACCAUUACCUGCAGGUGCCCGGAGGCGGUGGCGGCGAGUGGAGCACCGCGCUGCUGUCCCCCCGCGAGGCGGACGCCGCGGCCGAGGGCCCCAUCCCGUGCCGGCGCAUGCGCAGCGGCAGCUACAUCAAGGCCAUGGGCGACGAGGACAGCGACGAGUCCGGCGGCAGUCCUAAGCCCUCACCCAAGACCGCGGCGCGGCGCCAGAGCUACCUGAGGGCCACGCAGCAGUCCCUGGGAGAGCAGAGCAACCCCCGCAGGAGUCUGGACCGCCUGGAUUCAGUGGACGUGCUACUGCCUUCCAAGUGUCCAAGCUGGGAAGAGGACUACAAUCCCGUCAGCGAAAGCCUCAAUGACUCCAGCUGCAUCAGCCAGAUUUUUGGACAGGCCUCCCUGAUCCCCCAGUUGUUUGGCCAUGAGCAGCAGGUACGGGAGGCAGAUCUGAGCGACCAGUACGAGGUGGCUUGUGAGUCGGCCUGCAGCGAAGCGGAGUCAACAGCGGCCGAGGCGCUGGACUUGCCGCUGCCCAGCUAUUUCCGCUCCCGCAGCCACAGCUACCUGCGUGCCAUCCAGGCAGGCUGCUCACAAGAGGAGGACAGUGUCUCCCUGCAGUCCCUCUCUCCACCACCCAGCACCAGCAGCCUCAGUAACAGUCGCACGCUUCCAAGUUCGUCAUGCCUAGUGGCGUAUAAGAAGACCCCGCCACCCGUUCCUCCACGCACCACAUCAAAGCCGUUUAUCUCAGUCACGGUCCAGAGCAGCACCGAGUCCGCACAGGACACCUAUCUGGACAGCCAGGACCACAAGAGCGAGGUGACUAGCCAGUCGGGCCUGAGCAACUCGUCGGACAGCCUGGACAGCAGUACCCGACCACCCAGUGUGACGCGGGGUGGAGUCACCCCAGCCCCCGAGGUCCCAGAACCACCCCCAAAACAUGCAGCUCUGAAGAGCGAACAAGGGACACUGACCAGCUCUGAGUCCCACCCCGAGGCCAUUCCCAAAAGGAAACUGUCAUCAAUAGGAAUACAAGUUGACUGCAUUCAGCCAGUGCCAAAAGAGGAGCCCAGUCCCGCUACCAAAUUCCAGUCCAUCGGGGUUCAGGUAGAGGACGACUGGCGAAGCAGUGCCCCCUCUCACAGUAUGUCCUCCCGACGGGACACUGACUCAGAUACCCAGGAUGCAAACGACUCAAGCUGUAAAUCAUCUGAGAGGAGCCUCCCGGACUGUACCCCACACCCCAACUCCAUCAGCAUUGAUGCCAGCCUCCGGCAGGCCCCCAAGAUUGCCCAGAUCAAGCGUAACCUCUCCUAUGGAGACAACAGCGACCCUGCCCUAGAGGCGUCCUCGCUGCCCCCACCUGACCCCUGGCUCGAGACCUCCUCCAGCUCCCCGGCAGAGCCAUCACAGCCAGCGGCCUGUCGCCGGGAUGGCUUCUGGUUCUUGAAGCUACUUCAGGCAGAAACAGAGCGGCUGGAAGGCUGGUGCUGCCAGAUGGACAAGGAGACCAAGGAGAACAACCUCUCUGAAGAAGUCUUAGGAAAAGUCCUCAGUGCUGUGGGCAGUGCCCAGCUACUUAUGUCCCAGAAAUUCCAGCAGUUCCGGGGCCUCUGUGAGCAAAACUUGAACCCAGACGCCAACCCACGUCCAACAGCCCAGGACCUGGCAGGGUUCUGGGACCUGCUACAGCUGUCCAUCGAGGACAUCAGCAUGAAGUUUGAUGAACUCUACCACCUCAAGGCCAACAGCUGGCAGCUGGUGGAGACCCCCGAGAAGAGGAAGGAAGAGAAGAAACCACCCCCUCCGGUCCCCAAGAAGCCAGCCAAAUCUAAGCCAGCAGUGAGCCGUGACAAGGCCUCAGACACAGGGGACAAGCAGCGUCAGGAGGCCCGCAAGAGACUCCUGGCAGCCAAGCGGGCAGCUUCUGUGCGGCAGAACUCAGCCACAGAGAGCGCGGACAGCAUCGAGAUUUAUGUCCCCGAGGCCCAGACCAGGCUCUAAGACCAUGAAGGAGGAAGGAAACCAUUUCACUUCAUUAAAAACACAUGCAACACAUAAACUAAAUGCGAAUGGGACAAAAUUUUUCUCAACCUUUAGUAUGGUUAUUCUGUCCAGAGACCCUGAGCCAACUUUCAAAUUGAUACAUACAAGGGCUCACAAUUUGGCUUUUUUGGGUCCCUCCCAGCUUUAGGUUUAUGAAGACUUCACACACAAAAAAGGUCAACAAAAAAUACAAAACCAGAAAAAUUUCUUUUCCUCUUGCUGGCCGUGGUGGACUAGAUAGAUGGACUUCAGCAACUCCCCGGCCCAGCCUCCAGACUGCAGUCUUUUUACCUGUUCUAUCUAAUGAGAACUUAAACUAGCUUGUUUACAAAACAAUGAUAGUCCAAGGACAGCCUUGGGCACCUGCCCUGUCCUUCCUUCUUUUCCUGGCUACUCCUGCUCUGACCUUGGAUUUUUCAUUCUUGUGUUUUUCUCUUUUCCCUACAGAGCUCACGUAGGGGUCACCAUGCUGGCUAGCAGCUUUCUGGCUGUUGGCCCUUGUGUGGUUGAGGGCCCAGAUGACAGAGGGAUGCACACAUAUCCCUUCCCUCUCCUCCCCCCCAUGUGCUCACACACAAUCUCACACGCGUGCGCACACGCAAAGAUGGAGGUCCCUCUUGAGGCUAGCAGCCCUGCCACUGUGAUCCGCCUGCCCCGGCAUUCAGGCAGGACUUGCCUCAGAACAGAGGAAGGUUUUAGUCUUUGGGAGGAAAUAAGAUGAAGCCACAGUUAUAACACUCCAGACUCCCCGCCCUUUUCUUCUCCAGCCCCUUCCUCCUUCAGCAGAAGAAAGUUUAGGACUCAGAGUGGCUUCCGGGACACUGGAGAAAGGGACUCCAUUUUCCCCGUCCUCGGCCGCACCUGUGUACAGCACCUGAGGGGUGGGCAGCGGGGUCUGUACGUAUGUGUACAUAUGCACAUAGACCUUAGAGUGUAUAUUUAACAAGCCCAUCUGCUCACCCAUGCCCGCCACCGCCACUGGCUCUCGAGGCACCUGGCAGGAGGCAGGUGUGUGAAUAGCAUAUAUUUUUACAUGUACUAUACCUAGGUGUGUGUACACGUGUGUGUAAAAAUAUAUAACUUGUGUGUAAGCAGCCUUUUUUUUUUUUUUGGUUUCCCCUGCUCCCCAUCUGCCCAGCCUCUGAGUUUUCUGUCCUUUUUUUUUUUUUAACCACAGUCAUCCUCCUCUCUCCCUGCCCCCUCAUCCCCACUCCCAGGGUGUCAUGAGCCCUGAGCUGCAGUGGCCCAGCCUACAAGGCAGGGUGGGGAGGACAAGGCUGGGGCAGGCCAUUAGGGCGGGGGCCAAGCCCAGCGGCAGUGAGCUCAGUACGCGAGGGGCUGCUCUAUACUGUGUAUAUGACUAUGGCAUUGGAGACAUCCUCUUGUCCAGCACCUGCUGCGGGGGUAGGGGGCCCUGUGUGAACCAAGGGCCUGCUCUGGGGCCCCAUUCCAGCUUGGCCGCCGUCUGUGACCUUGGGCAAGUCACGACCUCUGUGUGCCUCAACUUCCUCCUCUGUAAAAUGGGGACAGUCCCUGCCCCUCCCUACCUCACAGGCAUGUUGUGAGAAUAAAUGAGGUAACGUGUA